AUGGAGUUUGACACAGCGGUGCUGAUAGGGUGGCUUCUGAUAACGAGCAUCGUGACUCUGGCACUGGUUUCAGCAUGUCUCAGCCGCUGUUACUCCCCAGUUAGCUUUCUUCAGCUGAAGUUCUGGAAAAUUUACUUGAAAAGGGAACAGGAAGUUUUUGAAACCAAGGCCAAAGAGCAUGCAACCAAGCUGGCAGAAAGAAAUGUGAACUGCUUUUUUGAAUCCACGGAGCCAACACCAUUUCCGACUCCCAGCAGCGAGGACUGGCAGAAGAUUUUGUUGCUGUAUGCCUUCAGUGCCAAAGAGCAGCAUUACAGCAUGAUACACAAGUACGCCAACGCUAAAGGCGACAGUGCCUGAUUCAGUCUAGGAGAUCAAAACUGCCCCGUUUUAAGGUUUGUGGAUGAAACAAAUGCAAGUGAGUGAGAGUGUUAAUGACA